AUGGCCUACCCCCAAAGAAAUGGCCAGACGGAAGUCACCAAUCAGGAGAUCCUUAAAGACCUACGAGCUCGGCUUGAUCAUGCAGGAGGCAACUGGGUCAACGUGCUACCCAAUGUUUUGUGGGCCCUCCACAUGACUCUAAAGGAGGCGACCGGCAUAACACUAUUUCAUCUGGUGUAUAGGUGUGAAGCGGUGGUCCCCAUGGAGGUCAGAGUAGAAUCCGACCGGGUGCAACUCUACGACGAGAGGAACGCCGAGCGGAGACUCAUGAAGCUCGAUUUGGUGGACGAGAUGUGGGAUAAGGCUACCGUUUGGCUGAUGGCAUAUCGACAGCGGAUGAAGCAGAAUUACAAUCAAAGGGUGAUCCCGAGGUCCUUCCAAGUCGGUGUCCUGGUGUGGAAGAGAAUAAAGUCAGUCAACGACAUCACCAAGCUCAAGGCGCCAUGUGUGGGACCUUAUAAGGUCGUGCAGAAAUUCCGCUCAAGAGCCUACUACCUAGAGGAUGAAGACGGAAGAUGA